AUGAAUAACCUAAGUGUCCCAGAGUCUCAUAAGCCUGCCCUCGUUAAAUAGUCCUCUUCGGUGAGUCGGCAAAAUUCAGCCAGAGGAGAUCGUAAUAAAUUAACGAGUCCUCAAGCGGACGAUCAAGGCAUUAACAUAUUUGAUGUUAAAAUUGAUCACAGCCAAAAAACUGCAUAUUUUGUCCCCAUAGACGAAAUCUACCAUUAAGAACGAUAAAAACUGAGUUCGCAUUUGCACAUUAUGCAGCAUUAAUUUCAAAAGGACCCAGAUAAGUUUCAAGUGGUUGUAAAACGAAACCUGAAUUCUUUCGUAGAGGAUGAAAAGGAACAUUAGGAUAAGAAACUGUCCAAUAUGCUUAGAAAACAGGCAAAGUAUGUUAGUUAGUUUAAAGAAACCGAAAGAGUGCUUAAGGAGAUCAGAGAGCAAUAUGGGCUGAAAGUUAAUGAAAACGAAAAAAUGACGUUUUAGUCCAAGCUUUAGAUGGACUGCAAUUCCAAGAAUUACUUUUACACUUACAAGAAAGAAAGAGUCUAAAGACUUAAAGAUGACGAGAUGGUAGCUUUCGAAGAGCCAUUCCAUGUAAAAUUGAUAAGAGAGGAAUAAGAACGAAUAGAAAAGGAAAAUAAGAUAAAACUAAAGUAAAAAGCUAUACUUAAUGGUGACAUUUCAGCUCUCGAACAGAUUGAGCUUUCCAGUGAUGAAAACGAAGAGCUUUUAAGUCCGAGAUAGACUGCUGAGAUUAAACUGCAAAAGUGGGUUAAGAAAAAUAAGAAAUUGAGGGAAAAAGAUUAAAUCAGGAAAUCAAUCAUGAAAAAGAAUUCAUAAUUACCACAGAGUGAGGAGAAGAUGAAGAAGCUGUCAAAGACUGAGAAUCAUACAAUAGAGUUCGGUGAGCAGUCUAUGGAAUCUAAGACUGUUGACUACCGACCUCAAAGUGUAAGCAGCAAUCUAUUCAAAUUCAACCUAAAACUAAAAAACACUCCUAAAAUCAUUAAUCAACUGCAUAAUAUUUCUUAAGAUAGCAAGCCUCAUACCACUGCUAGACUUACAGCUGGUGGUUCAGUGAGUACUAAUACCUAAAACAAUAGAUCUGUAGGCCAUCAUGCCAGCGUCUCAUUUGACAUGAAUAGCAAGGGGAUGCAAAUGCAUGAUCCCCAAUUAGAUGAGAAAACCUUCAUUUCUCUGAUGAGAACUGGCUAGAGAAUGUCCAGUGGCUAAAAUGGCCCAUUUUCCCGUCCAGACUCUUUUAACCGUGGCAAUAUGCAAACUGCAGCUACUAGCAAUUCCCGAUUAAAAUCUAAAAUGCAGCAGUAAAUUACCCUUAAUGAGUCUACUUUGAAUUCAUCUAUUUACUAGCCAGACACACCUACUAAGAAAUUUCAAAUUGUAGAUACAUCCAUAUCAAUUCGAUAGUCAUAAAAUGCUUCAUAACGGCUUAGCAUGCGCACGUCUAGCAUGCAAAAGAGACCUAAGACUAAUAAUCUGCUAAGUAAGAGCCUUAAUAUGGCUGGAAAUAUCGGUAGAGUAUAGAGAAACACCUCACAAAUAGAUUAAGAUGAGAAUUCAAACUCAAACAUCCAUAAUUUAUCAAGUAAGAUGAACUUAGAUUAGAGCCAUAGUUAGGACAAAGCUUUUAAAUAAAAAAAUAACUUGGAUUUCCUGAAACACUUCAACGCAUCUUUUAUACCCACUAAGUUCUUCUCAAAACGAAGGUUCAAUAGUGUUGCUCUGGACUAAAAAUCUAAUAGGGCUAAUGAUAGUUCAUCUGAUCAGAGAAGACCUGAUUCGAGAUUCAAUUUACAAUUCAAGGCAAAGACACCAUCCAUUAAUGACUCAGAUGUGAGAUAGUUAGUGAAGUAGUACCCAACGAACUAUAUUAAUGUCAAGGAGUAUAUCUAGAAAAAUCAGAGUAAAAAAGAUGAAAAAAUCAAGGAGAUACUAGAAGUAAUGAACCAUGAUGAGGGCAACGCUAACCCGAUCAUGCUAAAGCGAAAGCAAACUCUAAUGAGUAUAAGAGAGGGGAAAAGUGAUGAAUUGAUGAAUAAUAACAAGACUGUGCUGAAAGUGAUAAUGGAUGAGACCUAGAAAAAAGAAUAAAAGAAAAAACUCUUGAAGAUUAUGCAUCUCUGCAAAAGAGUAGAAGACCAAUGGCCAAAGGAGAAAAAUGAUACUGAUUAUAAAUUACUGCUAGAGCAUAUAAAAAAGCAAGAGUUUUGGAAUGUUAUAGAUCAGGUAAAAGAGAUAGAUUUUGCAGAGCCAGGGGUAAUCCCUCUUCUUUAUCAAUACAAAGCUGCAGACUUCAAUGACAAUGUAAAACUAGCGAUUGAGGUUGCAUAAGAAUAUAAGAGUGGGAAACUAGAUCCCAAAAUGGCAAUGCAAAACGAAAGAACUACCAAGUAAAUGUUAAAAAGAGGAAUGUUCAUUCAUUGA